AUGCAGACCCAGGUGGGCUCCACUUACACUACCUUUUCCCCACCAAAACCAUUUUCUUUUGCCUUUCUUACCGAUCCACCCAGCUUGUCUCCAGAAACCCAACUACCCGAACUAACUACAAUAAAUACUUGCCGAACCGACUCCUGUUCUUUUUUCCUUCUCACACACAUGCCCAACAAUAAUUCAAUGAAGUCGUCUCUUCACACUUAUCGACAAAUCGCAAUCUUAACUUUCUGCCUCUUUUCUUUGUUUUUCCCUUUCCUUCUAAUUUCUUUUACUCUUGAUUUUCUCCCUUCUUUUGUUUUUUGGGGAUUUUUUUUUUGUGGGGGGCCUUUCUUCCUUGUUUAUUUUUCUUUCUCAUUUUCUUUUCUUUUCUUUUCUCUUUUCUCGCUUUCUUUUCUUUUCUCGUUUUGUUCCCCAUUUCUCGUUUGCUUUCGUACAUUUUCAAGGUGA